UGGCCGAGUCACCGGUCCGUCACAACUGAUAGUACCUCCUCUGCCUCCUCCAUCAUCAUCAUCACAUAACCGCAUGCUAUUUCAUCACCAACGUCGCCUCUAAGGGCCAUGGCUCAUCUUCAGCUCUCACAGACACUGGCAGACUCCUUUACAGCCUUGGCCGACGAAGUUCAGAGCCUGACCGACCGCAAAACUGUUCUGGAACACAAACUGCGCUUUGCACAUGAACAGUUUCAAUACCUUGCCGAUAAAUAUGCACCCGCAGCCCCUGAAAUAGCCGACACUCUUGUCAAGCUGCAACUUCCUCCCCAUACUUCUGUCGAUAGCACCGCUUCCGUUCCUCUCCCACUACGUGCAUCGCCCCCAUCACAACACGAAAUCGCUCUCGUCAUUCGUGACGGACGCCGAGCUGCGAGUAGACUGGCUUCCCUAGGGGAUGCAAGCAAGACCACCAGCUCGAGCCGAGACACCUUUGCCAGAACCUCGGAUCUUGAUGAUUCCUCCAUGUCUACAGCUCUUGAACAGGACUUUACCGUACAAGGCAAGCGAGGAAACUUGCAAUGCCCCUUUUCUAAAAAUGCCACCGCUCAUACCAUCAAUGGUAGUGCUGUAGAAGGUAGCCGAAGUGGCGUUGCCGAGUCUGAAGAUCCCAUUUGUGCCGCCCUCAACGGUGACGGGUCUGCGACGGGUCCAGGCAAAUGCCCUAUCCGCUUCCUGGACAAACACUCGCCUGAGGAAGUGGCACGAUAUGUCGAAAUGCAUAAGCAUGAUCUUCCUCGAAGCCAUGAGGUGUGUCUACGCCGUUAUCAAGGCAACGAAGAUCAGAUCAGAAAACUUGAUUCCAAGUAUGGCAACAUGAUCAGUAUGAUUGAAGACCUCGGCCAACUCCAUCAACCCAUGCUACCCGAAGAUGAGCACUACGUCGAGGAGACAGAUGGGGCAUCCAACGAGAGAGUAGAGAAUUGGGCACACGCCAUUAGCACAUCCAGCGACGCUGGUGAUCCACACGGUACUGACUCUCUAGAGGCUGAUGCUGAGCGACAAAGCCACUUUGACCGACCUCUAAAGGAGGUCAGAGUCGGCGAGUCCCCUAGUCGCCCGUGGGGUAUUUCGGUUCCAGUAUACGACACAGAUGGCCCAGCAGAGAUUCUAUCACCUCCUCCAGCACCCCCCGUACGCAUGCCCGAACCUCCUCACCCUAUUGGUCCUGGCAUGGAAGGACGAAAAUGCCCCUUUGAUCAUACCAAACUUGCGACCAUGGCAAACGCAAAGACAGAGGUGGACCAAACACCGAAGCCUGAAGCAGCAGGCCGGGCUGGGCUCCGUGAAGCACCGCCAGUUACUCCCAUGAAAGAGUCUGGCCCAAGACUGAACAAGAUGCCGAGCCAGCCAGUGUUUAUGAGUGCUGAAGCGGCAAAGCCUGGCACGUCUGGCAUGGUCUUCAAUGGACCUGUCUUUAUCGGAUAUCCCAUGGAAGAAGCGAUUCGGUUUAUGAAUCAAUUUCAGCGCAACCAGUAAACUGUACCGCCUCUUUGAGACUUUUGUAAAGCUUACCCAUCCAUUGUAUUCAUGUAUUUCUUGCAGUUUUUAGCGUUGGCGUUUGGAGCCUACUUUGACUAGGACGGAGAUACCUAGGAGUUACAUUAUCUUUACCUAUACAUUUACGCACAUCUGUGGCCUUUAGCUUUAGCAGCCCGAUAACAUUGAAACCAUUUUUUUAAGGAAGUAAACU